AUGUUCUCUACUCGUUUUUACACCCUUGUCUUCCUCGCCGUCGGCGUUGCAGUCGAGGCUGUUCCCGCUCCGAUGAAGCGCAAUGAUGCGACCCCCGCUCUGGCAGCGCGGGCCCCGCAGUUCUCCGUGAACAUCCCCAACAACAUCCCCGUCUCCGGCACAUUCCCGAAUGGCAUCACUAUCACUCCCCAGACGCCUUCGGGCAGCAUAGUCACGGGCAACAACAACUCGACCCUCUUUGGCCAGUUCGGGUUCAAGCGCGAGGAGGGCGUUGAGGCUCGCCAGUUCAACUUCACCCUGCCCAACCAACUCCCUGUCGCGGGUACCCUACCUUUCGGCCUCACGGUCACCCA